CAGCCAUCCGUCGCUCUCUCCAAUCUCUCUCUCUCACUACCCACCCCUCUCUCUCUCUCUCUCUCAAAGUGUGGAAAAGGCGAGGCCUUGGCUUAUUCCUAAACCCUAAGAAGCCAAUUGCUGUCACCCGAGAUUUCGUAUCAGGAAAGGCGAUCUAGAUCUCGGUUAGGGUUUCGGCGUUGGAUCCUGCGCCAGAUCUGCUGAAAAGGGCGCGAUCGAUCUCGGGGUAAUGCGGUCGGAGUUCGAGCGGUGAUUAGAGCGGGAUUGAGCAUUUGUGGCUGAAUUCUUUUUUUUUAAUUAUUUGGCCUUCAUAUCAAAGGGAGAUGAACUUCCUCCAGUCCGCCAAAUUAUGUUGAUCUUGAGGAGAAUCUGGGAGCCAAGUUUUGUCCUUCAAAUGCAUCCUUUCUUCUGUUUUUAAUGAAAUCCAGCCAAAUUUUGCUGCAGUAAUUUUGGUUCUUCUCGUGGCUAGUGUGGAGCUGCUUCAUUCUCUUUUUUUUGUCUUUGAGGGAAGAAUAGUCUCUGCCUCAACAUCAAAAGGAGAAGAAGAAGCUAACCCUCUUGAAGAGAAGGGUGCUCUAGUAGACGAGUAGAAGGCCUGAUCUUUCUUCAGCCACUUACAGUUUUAAGUCAGAGUCAUAGUUUUGAGAGCAUCUCGGUGGCUUGCUCUGCUCAAGAUGGAAGACAGCUAGUGACGUGGAAUACCAUGGAGCUGCAAGGCUUUCCACCGACAAUAGACAAAACUCAUAGGAACCGUCCUAAGAGCAUGCAAUUUGAUGAUCUCUCAUCCAAUGACUCGUUGAGAUUGAUUUAUAUUAAUGAUCCAAGGAGGACAAAUGACAAGUAUGAAUUUACAGGGAAUGAGAUCCGAACCAGUAAAUAUACUGUAAUUACAUUCUUGCCCAAGAACCUGUUUAUCCAAUUCCACCGAUUUGCUUAUUUAUACUUCUUAGCCAUUGCUGGUUUGAAUCAGCUUCCUCCUCUGGCAGUGUUUGGGAGAACAGUCUCUCUUUUCCCUCUGCUCUUUGUGCUUAUUGUAACUGCUAUUAAAGAUGGCUAUGAAGACUGGCGGAGACACAGAUCUGACAGGAAAGAGAAUAACCGGGAGGCACAAGUCCUUCAGUAUGGCAAGUUCCGGCCAAAGAAAUGGAAAAAGAUACAAGCAGGGGAGGUGGUGAAGAUAGUAGCUGAUGAAACAAUUCCUUGCGACAUAGUUUUGCUUGGAAGCAGUGAUCCAAAUGGUAUAGCAUAUAUCCAGACAAUGAAUUUAGAUGGUGAAUCAAACCUAAAGACUAGAUAUGCACGACAAGAAACCAUCCCCAUGGUUUGGGAGGAGGGUUCAUAUUCGGGGCUGAUCCGAUGUGAGCAGCCCAAUAGGAAUAUAUAUGAAUUUACAGCCAAUAUGGAAUAUAAUGGGCAGAGGAUUCCAUUGGGCCAGUCAAAUAUCAUUCUACGUGGUUGUCAGCUUAAAAACACAGAUUGGGUCGUUGGAGUUGUGGUAUAUGCUGGUCAGGAAACAAAAGCAAUGAUGAACAGUGCGAUUUCACCUUCCAAAAGGAGCAGAUUGGAGAUCUAUAUGAACAGGGAGACUCUAUGGCUGUCAGCUUUUCUCUUUGUUAUGUGUGCUGCAGUGGCAACUGGUAUGGGGUUAUGGUUGCAUUAUCACGCUCAUAAGCUCGAUUCCCUACCUUACUACAGGAGUAAAUACUUUACAAAAGGUCGGGACAAUGGAAAACGGAAUAAGUUUUAUGGCAUUGCUCUGGAGAUACUUUUUUCAUUCUUAAGCUCCGUGAUAGUUUUUCAAAUAAUGAUUCCUAUAUCGCUUUACAUCACAAUGGAGCUAGUCCGAUUGGGCCAAUCUUACUUCAUGAUUGGGGAUGCUGAGAUGUAUGAUAGUAGUUCCGACUCAAGGUUUCAAUGCAGGUCAUUAAACAUCAAUGAAGAUCUGGGUCAAAUAAGAUAUAUAUUUUCUGAUAAAACAGGUACAUUGACAGAAAAUAAGAUGGAGUUCCGAAGGGCUAGUUUAUACGGGGUGGACUACGGAAGCUCCUUGCAAGGAACGAAUGCAGGAGGAAUGGCUGAACAGAGGUGGAAGUUCAAGUCUGGAGUCACUGUUGAUCCUGAACUUGCAGCGUUAUUGCACAAGGAUUUAACUGGAGAGGAAAGACUUGCCGCACAUGAUUUUUUUCUUGCCUUAGCAGCCUGUAAUACUGUCAUUCCAAUGACUAGUCGUCGAUCCUCUACUUGUUCUGAUACUGAAUUAACUGAUGAGGUAGACAGUAUUGAUUACCAGGGUGAGUCUCCUGAUGAGCAAGCUUUGGUCAUUGCUGCUGCUGCUUAUAGAUACACUCUCCUUGAGCGUACAUCGGGUCAUAUUGUUAUUGAUGUCAAUGGCAAGAGGCUUAGGUUAGAUGUGCUUGGAUUGCAUGAAUUUGACAGUGUGCGGAAAAGGAUGUCUGUGGUGAUUAGGUUUCCGAAUAAUUCUGUGAAAGUUCUUGUUAAGGGAGCUGAUAAUUCAAUUUUAAGUAUUCUGAGCAGUUCACCUACUAACAGUCACGUAAGAGUAGAACCUGCUAAAUUAAAACAUGCAACGGAAAACCAUUUGACUGGUUACUCGUCAGAAGGCUUACGCACCCUUGUAAUUGCUUCAAGGAAUCUUACUGAUACAGAAUUUGAGGAAUGGCAGCAUAAGUAUGAAGCAGCUAGCACUUCAUUAACUGAGAGAUCAGCAAAGCUACGUCAAGCAGCAUCUCUUAUUGAAUGUCAUCUAAAUCUCCUUGGGGCUACCGCAAUUGAAGAUAAAUUGCAAGAUGGCGUGCCUGAAACUAUAGAAUCCCUUCGCCAAGCAGGAAUCAAAGUUUGGGUUCUCACAGGAGAUAAGCAAGAGACUGCAAUUUCCAUUGGACUCUCGUGCAAGCUCCUGACGUUGGACAUGCAUCAAAUUAUAAUAAAUGGUACUUCAGAGGCUGAGUGCAGGCAUCUUCUAGCUGAUGCUAAGGAGAAAUUUGGAAUAAAGUCAGUGGACAACGGCAGCAAAAUCUCAGAUCCGAAGAUAAAAGUUGAGAGAGAUUUUCCUGAAUUUGUUGGCGACUUAACAUCAUUAGAUGGUAUGAUACCUGAAAGUGGAUCACAUGCUUUCAAAUAUGCAUGUGGUGGCGAAGACAUGCCAGAAUUUGUCGGAGAAAAAGCGGCAGGCUCAGGACAUGCACCAUUAGCACUCAUAAUCGAUGGAAACAGCCUUGUUUACAUUCUAGAGAAAGAUCUUGAAUCAGAGCUUUUUGAUUUGGCGACUUCUUGUGAAGUUGUGCUUUGUUGCCGUGUUGCUCCUUUGCAAAAGGCCGGAAUAGUUGAUCUCGUCAAGAGCAGAACAAAUGACAUGACCCUUGCUAUUGGAGAUGGGGCAAACGACGUCUCAAUGAUCCAAAUGGCAGACGUUGGCGUUGGGAUAUGUGGUCAGGAAGGUCGUCAGGCGGUGAUGGCGUCAGAUUUUUCUAUGGGUCAGUUCCGUUUUUUGAAAAGACUGCUCCUCGUGCAUGGCCACUGGAAUUACCAACGAAUGGGCUAUUUGGUGUUAUACAAUUUCUAUCGGAAUGCUGUAUUUGUACUGAUGCUGUUCUGGUACAUCUUGUGCACAGCUUUUUCAGCAACUUCUGCUUUGACAGAUUGGAGUAGCGUAUUCUAUUCUCUCAUAUAUACGUCUCUCCCCACGAUAGUAGUUGGAAUUAUGGACAAGGAUUUGAGUCACAAGACGCUCCUCCGGUAUCCAAAACUUUAUGGAGCAGGACAUAGACAUGAGAGCUACAACAUGCGUCUGUUUUGGUUGAUAAUGAUUGAUACAUUGUGGCAAAGUCUUGUCCUUUUCUGUAUACCUUUUUUCACCUACAGAAACAGCACAAUCGAUAUAUGGAGUUUGGGCAGUUUAUGGACAAUUUCAGUGGUUAUUCUAGUGAACAUUCACUUGGCUAUGGAUAUACAGCGUUGGGUACUUAUUACUCAUAUUGCAACAUGGGGUUCCAUAGCUGCUACUUAUGCAUGCAUGAUCAUAUUGGACUCCAUACCAGCAUUCCCCAAUUAUUGGACAAUAUAUCAUCUGGCAGUUUCAGAGGCCUAUUGGCUUACUAUUUUACUUACAAUAGUUGUAGCAUUACUUCCUCGCUUCUUUUACAAAGUGUUCCAGCAAAGGUUUUGGCCUUCAGAUAUUCAAAUAGCAAGAGAAGCAGAAAUACUGAAGACAUUCCCCAACCUCGACAUCAGUUAAGAAGCACAUUAUCAUCUCGAGAGCUCUGUCAUGUGCUUUGGCUUGAGAUGAUCAACAGGCAUUUUUCUUCUAGAGUUUGCGGCUGCUAACUCCUUGCUGUUAUUUUUGCUAGAGGAAACAAUGAAUUGCUCGAAAGACCAAUGACAGCUGGAAAGAGAGGAAACUGACACCUUGGGAAAUCUGAACUGCAGAAUUGUUUGUUUAUGAUAAUAUUGUGUGUACAUCUGAAUUAAUAUAAAUUUGUGAAAAUUUGAUGUGGAGAUGGGAACUUAGGGACACUUUUAGAGUACAUAGUUGUGAGAAUAUUACACGAUUCUUUUCUUUCUUUCUUUUUGUUUUUUUUAGAUCUAUGCAUUCUUUUGUCUGCCUUUUGUAUCAUUGAGUAAAUGUAAUUGAAUGUUAUUCUAUAGUGAGGGUUUAGUUCAUCCAAUAUCAUUAUUGGUGAAGCAACCAAUUCAGAGAAAGAAACAGUUGUAUUUAUAUUCAGUUCGGGCAGUAAUUGACCUUAAAGUUUGGAGGUUUCAACA